AUGGCCGAUUUUCAAGAAACAAAAUUAAAAUAUCGUCGAGGAACUUGUUUAAGUUGCCGAAAAUGCAUGUAUUGUGGAAUUGAUUUGCAACAAGAAAAAUGUGAUUGCAACUUAUCUGAAGUGCCACAUAAAAAUAAUCGGACAG